AUGACCGGAAAUGACGAUGGCCUCCCCCAGCAGUAUAAUGCUUUGAUGAGCCACCACAAGCUAGGAUAUGCCUUUUACGAACCAGAGUCAUCACUGGUGGUGAAGCCGGGAUCGUGUGGAUAUAUCGACGGAUCUGGCUCGUGGCAUCCAAUUUUGAAUGUAGCCAGCGAUGCCGAAGCCGGGAAAGCAGGGCUUGGAAUGAUUGACAAGGCAGGAGUCAUCAAGCUGGCUCCGUCCACUCGUCUUUGGGGGCCCAAGCUGACAGAGACAGUUUCAUCACGGAGCUUGAGCAUGAGUGCCGACGUCCCCAUUCCGGCUGGAAUUCCGGCCACGGCAAACGCGCUGGUCGAGUUCGAGCUUCAUUCUGACUUUGGAGCUGUUCUUCUCUGCAAGGGCGAUGUCACCAAGCGCGGAUACGCCCACGACGAUCCCUUCAGGAAAUGGGCAAGAGCCAACAUGUCGCAGCUGCUACAAAAAUAUCCGACAAUCCGCACAUCGGGCUUCUAUGUAGUGACCAACACGUUUACAUCCAAGGAUAUCUUGGUCAAUGGUUGGAGGACAAAAUCGAACAAGGUACAUCUGGGUUUCGGUGGCGGUGUUGAAUCCAUUGCCAACAUCUCGGCAAACACGGAAAUCUACGGUGCAACCGCAGCAAGUGGCUGGAUUCAACCGUCCAAUGGCAAGUUCAAGGAAAAAGUACAGGAGAAGUGGCGCGGAGAUAAUCUCAUCAUCCAGGAUCCCGACGUUGAGGCCGAUGCUUUGGAGGUCAAGGAAGCUAGAUUCGGCGCCGCGUCCAAUUGA